GCCCCGCCCGCAGGUCAACGUGGAGCACCUGACGGAGAAGAUGAAGACGACGGUGCAGAGGGGGCUGGUGCUCAGGAACGAGCGGUGCAACGAAAACUACACCACGGACUUCAUCUACAGCCUCUACUCCGAGGAGGGGAAGGGGAUCUUCGACUGCAGGCAGAACGUCCUGGGGCACAUGCAGCAGGGGGGCAGCCCCACGCCCUUCGACAGGAACUUCGGCACCAAGAUGGGCGCCAAGGCCGUGGCCUGGAUCACCGGCAAGAUCAAGGAGUGUUCCCGCCAUGGUGGGUGCCCCCCCUGGGGCUCCCUGGAGGAUUUGGGGGGUGGGGAGAGGGGUUCCCACUCUUCCCCACAGCCAGAGGCAGCCCCCAGCCCUUCCCCGGUGUUCCCCCACGUCCUGACACCCCGAGGGACUCGACCCCCAGAGCCCCCUCCCCGCUGAGCAACAGCAGCUCCC